GAGGUGCAUGAUGUCAGCAUUUUGGAUAGCAGCUUGUGGGAGGAGACAGAGAGGCAGCAAGGCUAUAAAGAGUCAGCUUCAGAGUUCAGCCAGCACACCUCAGCUGAACAGCUCCAUCACACACAAAGCCAGGACACCUACCUACGAAUACAAGGAACCAUGGUGAAGCGUGUUGCAGUUAUUCUCGCAGGCUGUGGAGUCUACGACGGCACAGAGAUCCACGAGGCCUCCGCUGUCCUCGUCCAUCUGAGCCGGGCUGAAGCAAAAGUGCAGAUGUUUGCUCUGAAUGCAGAUCAGAUGCAUGUUGUAAAUCACUGUGAGGGGAAACCUACAGAGGAGAAAAGAAACAUCCUUCAGGAAAGUGCCCGCAUCGCCAGGGGUGACGUGACCGAUCUGGCCAAGUUAGAUGUUUCCAAAUUUGAUGCCGCCAUCAUCCCAGGGGGCUUUGGUGUGGCUAAGAACCUGAGUGACUGGGCAGUGAAGAAUAAGGACUGCACCAUCCAGCCACAUCUAGAGAAGCUCAUCAAGGCUUUCCACAAAGCCGGAAAGCCGUUGGGCAUGUGCUGCAUCUCCCCCAUCCUCGCUGCCAAAAUCCUGCCUGGCUGUGAGCUCACUGUGGGACAGGACAAAGAGUGUGAAAAGUGGCCGUAUGCUCAGACAGCAGGUGCCAUGAAGGAGAUGGGCUGCAAACAUGUUAACACGGAUGUGGAGAACGCACACGUUGAUGUCAAAAAUAAGCUGGUAACCACCUGCGCAUUCAUGUGCAAUGCUCCCUUUCAUAAAGUUUUUGAUGGAAUAGGAGUCAUGGUUAAAGAGACACUGAAACUGGCUUAAAAAGUCUGCAAUUACAAAGUGGAUGCUUGUAUGUAUUUAAUAACCAAAUGUCUGUCAUUUUCUAAACAAACAUGGUGUUUAAUAUCAAGUUAUAGCACUUAUCUCUGAGCAUUCGUCUGAUGGUAUAUCUUCAAUGUGCUGUUUUAAGAUUUUCAAUAAAAUGACUACAAAUUACAA